AUGGGUAAACCAAUGCUAGAGGUGCUUAUGAAAUUUAGACAAAAACCCAUAGCCUUCAGCUCCGACAUCGAAGAGAUGUUUCAUCAGGUGGUAGUACGUGCGAAAGAUCAACCGGCGCAAAGGUUUCUGUGGAGGGAGAAGCCUGAUGAAGAAAUCGUGGAGUACUCCAUGCGCGUAAUGACUUUCGGAGCAACAUGUUCUCCUUGUGCCGCACAAUUUGUAAAAAAUAAGAAUGCGCUUGAGUUUUCCGAGGAAUUCCCUGAUGCCGUCAAUGCGAUUUUAAACAACCAUUAUGUGGACGAUUUCGUUCAUUCCUUUGCAGACGAGGAAGAAUCCGUGCGAAUAGCGAAUCAAGUGCGAUGCAUUCACCAAAAAGGCGGAUUCAACCUAAAAGGGUUUAUAUCGAAUUCACGAAUGGUGCACGAUGCUUUAAACGGAGGCCACGACUUCGGUGUACAGAAAGGUUUCGACAAAUCUAAUGCAGGCUAUCCGAAGGUUUUAGGGAUGCGGUGGGACACGGAGUAUGAUGAGCUCAAGUUCGUUCUCGCUUUCGGUCGCGUCGAUGAAGACCUGUUGCAAGCCGAAUACGUACUUAAGGCGAAGUUGCUACUGCAAACGGUCUGGCGAGCGAGAACUGAUUGGGAUGAUGAAAUUCCCGUGGAGGCGCAAAAGCUCUGGAGGACAUGGCUAAACAUAUUACAUCAUGUGGACAACAUCAAGGUUCCGCGCUGCUAUGGUACAUUCUUUACAACAGGAGUUGUGGAGCUCCAUGUAUUUGCCGACGCAAGUGAGAUGGCAUUCGCCGCUGUGGCGUACUGGCGAAUCAGCAAUGGUCGUGACGUGAACGUUGCAAUGGUAGCCGGAAAGACGAAAUGUGCACCUCUCAAGCUCACGACUAUUCCAAGAUUAGAACUGCAGGCGGCAGUACUGACCUCUCGACUUCGGAAAAUGCUGUUGAGUUCUCACGACACUAAGCCGUCACGUGUGGUGAUGUGGACAGAUUCGAAGACAGUCCAAGCGUGGAUAGCUUCCGACCACAGAAGGUACAAGCCCUACGUAGCCCAUAGGGUUGAUGAAAUUCUAGAUGUUACUAAUCAACUCGAGUGGAGAUGGACUCCAGGCGCUCUAAAUCCAGCAGACUUUGGUACGAGACUACAAAGCAGCUCGCGUCAAUGCUCCUGGCUUUGUGGCCCAGACUUCUUGAGAAAAGACGAGUCAUUUUGGCCCAGGCUUGAUGCUGUCGAUGGAACUCGUAAAGAAUUACGGGCCAAGUAUGAGGUAUUCCUCGUCUCGCUGGACGAGGACAUGCUGCAGAAGUACUCAUCGUUCCCACGACUCACAAGAAUUGUCGCCUACUUGCGAAGGUUUGUGUACAACAGCUCCAACACACCAGAGAAGCGACUGUACGGUUCGUUGACGGUGAGGGAACUUAAGGAUGCCGAACUUCUAGUCAUCCGUAUCGCGCAGCGGAGUGCAUAUGCCGAUGAGUGCGCUAUACUGAGGGGAGGUAAGCAAUUAAACGCAAGUAGUAAACUUUUUAGAUUGUCGCCAAUGAUGGACGACGUCGGCAUAAUUCGAGUGAAUGGUCGUCUUCAAAACGCGUACGCCAUUCCUCAACGCACACGUCAACCCGUAGUAUUGCCUCAACGACACCACGUGACCAACCUAAUCAUCGACUUGUAUCAUCGCAUAUGGAAGAAUCAGAAUCAAAACACGAUCAUAGCUGAAUUACGCCUCAAAUACUGGAUACCUCACAUUCGCGAAGAAGUGUGA